AUGAGAGACUCGGGAGCAGAGACAAUUUUAACUUAGCCAUCCCUAAUUUAUCUCAAGCUUUUUCAAUUCAUCUUCACUGCUCUAUGCACACUGGAACACCAGAUUGUCAACCCCUGGGAACAGAAUGCAAGCAGGGAUCUAGAGAGCUGUCACAUCCUGAGAAAUAUUUAAAUUGUGCUGAUUUUCUUCUGGAGUGCUGAGCAGAGGGAAUGAAACUCUCCAUCAAGUCAUAGCUUUGCGGGCAAUAGAUCAGAGGAUACUGCCAGUUUUUCUAAUGGAUUAUUGUUAUCGGGCAGGUUCUUCCUGAAGACUCUUUUUAGUGAAUCAGCUAUAGCUUGGAUUUUAUUGUGUGACCUUGACAAUUACUGUCAAGCCCUUCAGAAAACUGCUACAUUUGGCAAGGUUAAAAGGAAUUUGCAUUGUGGAUUUUCUAAUCAGACAACCAACCUGUUCUUUGACUUGAUAAGUGUACUACUGGACAUUGUGAAAGGAGGAUAUCUUACAAACAGGGAUCACGUGGCAACUGACAAAAUCAUUGGCAAACAGACCAAAGAUCCCAAAUGGCAUUUCAGAGGUCUGAAAUAUGAAGGCAGGGGAAAAAGCCUAGUAAGUAUGGAGCAGCAGGACGUCUACAUGUGAAGUCAGCACAGUCAAUGACAACACAGUGCUCUGCGUCCAGAUUAUUUCAAGCAUCUCCUCAACUGUGUUGCUUAAAUAGGAACAAAGUGUGUGUCACAACUAACAAAGGUGACACUACUGUAUGCCUUUCUUCACAUGAGACACAACUUGAAAUAUUUCGAUAAAAUGAGAUGCUUGCGGAAACGAUCAGCAGUGUCGUUCUUAGGAGUCCUGGUCAUUUGCUUGCUGUUUAUGAACUUGUACAUUGAAGACGGUUAUGUUUUGGAAGGGGACAAGCAAUUAAUCAGAGAAACAGCCACGCACCAGCUCAACCCAGAGCGCUAUGUUCACACUUUUAAAGAUUUGUCUAAUUUCUCAGGAUCUAUAAACAUUUCCUAUCGCUACCUAGCUGGCACGCCUUUGCCAAGGAAAAGAUAUCUUACAAUUGGGCUAUCCUCUGUGAAACGGAAAAAGGGAAACUACUUGCUUGAGACCAUCAAGUCCAUAUUUGAGCAGUCAAGUUAUGAGGAACUCAAAGAAAUUGCAGUGGUAGUGCAGCUGGCAGAUUUUGACUCAGCCUGGUGCGAGGGGAUGGUCCAGGAUAUUUCACAGAAAUUUGCACAUCACAUAAUUGCGGGCAGAUUAAUAGUUAUUCACGUCCCUGAGGAGUAUUACCCUGUACUGGAUGGCCUCAAGAGAAAUUACAAUGACCCAGAGGACCGUGUGAAGUUUCGAUCCAAACAAAAUGUAGAUUAUGCUUUCCUGCUUAACUUUUGUGCUAAUCUUUCUGACUAUUAUGUGAUGCUAGAAGAUGAUGUUCGCUGCUCAAAGAAUUUUUUGACUGCUGUUAAGAAAGUAAUUACCUCACGAGAAGGAUCCUACUGGGUGACUUUGGAAUUCUCCAAACUGGGAUACAUUGGAAAGCUUUACCAUUCCCAUGACCUCCCACGCCUGGCCCAUUUUUUGCUGAUGUUCUACCAAGAAAUGCCUUGUGAUUGGCUGCUCAUCCACUUCCGUGGGCUGUUAGCUCAAAAGGAAGUGAUACGUUUUAAGCCAUCUCUGUUCCAGCACAUGGGAUACUACUCAUCUUACAAAGGAGCUGAAAACAAGCUAAAGGAUGAUGAUUUUGAAGAGGAAUCAUUUGAUAUCCCUGACAACCCACCUGCAAACUUGCACACCAACAUGAAUGUAUUUGAAAACUAUGAGGCAAGCAAGGCUUACAGCAGCAUUGAUGAGUACUUCUGGGGUAAAGCUCCUUCUACUGGAGAUUUCUAUGGGAUUGUAUUUGAAAAGCCCAUUAAAAUCACUAAAAUUAAAGUUGUCACUGGAACUGAAGACCGGCAAAAUGACAUUUUGCAGCAUGGGGCCCUGGAAGUAGGAGAAAAGAUUGUAGGAAGUAAAAAAGGGAGACAAUGUACCACUUACUUGAGACUAGGGGAAUUCAAAAAUGGGAAUUUUGAAAUAACAGAUUUAGAGCACAAAGUUCUGUUUGAUAUUAACUGCAUGAGAAUACUUGUUACCAAAAGUCAAAAAGAAUGGCUGAUCAUUAGGAGCAUUAGCGUCUGGACUUCUCAAACAUCAGUUCAAUAAAGCAAAGCCACCUGAGAAGGUACAGGGUGCAUACAAUCAGCUGGGUCCCAACUGGUGCCAUUCCCCAGAAAAACUGACACUUCCAACUCUUCACUAGAGACACAGAAAAUCUGGGGAAAUCACAAAACAAGCAAAGCAAUUUAUUUUUUACUAGUUUGGCCAGGCAAUAUACAAACACUUAUUUGUUGAAAAUUUUGAAUUUUAUAAGAAAUGCACAGUUCUCAAUCCUCUCUUGAGAUCUUGAACCCCUUUUUUAUUAUCAUUUCUCUGUAAGAGAGAUCUUCUGGACUAAACAGAACAAAACAAAGCAUCCUAUAAUUACCAAAAGUUGUAAAGCUAUGACGAGUAUGUUGUGAAAAGAAAUUGGAUUGCACCUUACGCAUAUAUAAAUAUAAAAUGUUAUGGUAGUAUGCGUUUGUACAAUAGUUGGUGAUGUGUUUCUUUUAAAGGCAGUUGUGACAAGGAAAUCUGUCCUGAAACUGGCAGUUUCAUUCUGAGCACUGUAAGAAAAUAGUGUGGCUAAUCAUUGCAACUUCUUUUCAAAAGGGAAUGUAUGUAAAAUUAUAAAUCUGACAUGACAACUAUGUAAAAAAUAGAUAAUUGCAUCUGUUAUUCUGUCUCAACAAAUAUCCUUUGUUCUUUUUCCUGGGUCCUUUCACUGAAACAAGCACUACUUGGAUUCUGUAUUACUUAGGGGACCAAUUUUCUCUCCUUAUUCGAACAAAAUGCCUCACAGUAAGCAAGCAUUCUGCUUGAGUACAGAUGUCGCUAUCAAACCCAAGCACCUCAAGGGCAACACUGUUCUCUUAGACAGGCAUCUUAACAGAUCUCAGCUUCAACAUUUUCUGUUCCUUCAAAAUAUGCAUAACUCCCUACGAGAAAUUUGCACAUAGCUGAAUACCGCAGCAUGCUUUCCAAGGACUGUUAUGCAUUCCACAUCUACAUGUCCAGUCCAUGUAUGAUACAAACAUUAAGUGUGUCAGGUUAAUCAAUUGGAGGUGAAUGUAAUCACCAGACCUUCCUGGAUGAUCUCUCGCCAAUAGAGCACACACAAAAUGAAGAACCUUGAUUCAAUGAAAAAAUAAUGUAUUUCUAAAUUAAUGUGGGUGUUUUUUCUUCAGUUUUCUAAUUCUAAUCAUGUUAGUUUUGUAGACAUCUUCCCACUGCCUCAGGUUAUUCCCUGUAGGCUUAUUUUUCCUGGCUUUAGCCAAUAAGCAGAAAAGUUCCCUCAGUCCUCACACCCCAUCCCUGGAGGUGUUCCAGGCCAGGCUGGAUGGGGCUUUGAGCACCCUGCUCUAGUAGGAGGUGUCCCUGCCUGUGACAGGGGGGUUGGAACUAGAUGAUCUUUAAGGUCCCUUCCAAUUCUAACCAUUCUAUGAUUCUAUGAUACUGUGACUCAGCUCUGGGUUUUUAGUGCAUCACACAGGGAGGCUGUAUAGCUACAUGAUUUAUACUAUAUGCUUACAUUUGGAUUAGGAAAAUCUGUGAGGGGUUUUUCCUCUAAGAAAUUCUCCAGACUCUCUCAGUAGACACACUAAGAAAUCCAUGAGUAUCAAAUGUGACACAAGUGAACACAGCAUUGUCAAUCUCAUGAAUACUGUGGUUAUCAUCUAGCAUGUAUGGGUUUUAGUUAAAUCUGGAAGGCAAGGAUUACAUUUCAAGAAUGCCUUCACUGUCCAAGAGUGAACUAAGUACUGUACUCAGUACAUCCAAACCUAGCAUGGCUAUUUCAGAAGGGUAAAUUAUUCAAAAAUCUACACAAAACAGCAAUGCAAUUGCUUUUCCUGGUUCAUAAAUCCUGGUAAAUUCAGGUCCAGGUUUGGCAAAUCCCCCGAUACAGACGUAAAGGUCCAUUUUAAAACAAAUCUUCUGAUAUAUGCUUCUACAUAAUUCAGAAAAGCAUCCUCUUCUCAAAGAAAGUCUUUGUUUCUUUGUUCCUUAAUACACACCUAAAUCUCUGUUCUUCAUAUACAUAUCUCCAAUAAAAUAGAUUAAAGGCAGUGUACAUGUUCAAUCCAAAAAGGAGAAUAGCACCGUUUUUUAAAAGGAAAAAUACGUGCUAAUCUCAAAUGGUUACAAAUAGUUAUGAAGGACUUGCUUUUUAACAGUCAUCUUCCAUGACUGUCAAAUAAUUACUUGAUAAUUAGUCCUCAGUCAGCACGAAUUCUUUUAAUGAACUGCCAUUCCUCUAUUUUUCCUUUCCUUGAUCAUUAACUAUUAGUGCCAAAUAAACAUAAUUAAGUUAACCAGGUACAUUACUUUUACUUUUAUUCAGAAAUGCAGUACGUCCAAAUCAAUCUUCUAAAUUAGAAUGGAAAAUAAAUUCAGUCUCAAGGUUUAAAAUGUUCUUUUAAUCAAAACCACAUACAAUGUGAAUGGCUAGUAUGUAUUAAAUGCUCUCAACAUAAGCCUGAUGUAACUUAAAUGAUACUUUUGAAUUAGGAGCUGAACAAAAUUGCUUCCCUUUUUAAAACAACAGUAACAAUGAGUCUCAUCUUUGAUACCAUGGCUUAGCAGUGAGAACUCUCAUCUGGCUGUUACCAGUCUGAGAAGCUCAAACAAAUGCCAAGUGAGUACACUCCGAGGAACCUUUCUUUGGGUGUAGAUAGCGGUACAUGCUGGGAAUGAGAGGCAUGCAUUACUCUUCCUGUUAAAUUUGAGUUGGUUUGGAAAAAAAUAAUUAACAAUGCAUUUGUUCCAGGAGAGGAAAGAACGCAGUUCUGUAAGCUGGUGUUUUGGGCAUUCACCUUAGUGCGUGGGUCCCAGCUCCUACCUCACAAAUUGCAUAUUUUAUGCAACUCAUCACAAGAAAAAGGUUGCCAGAUUUUUUGGGGGGAAAAAAUGAUAAACGGUUUUCAGACAAACUUCAGAAGUAUAUAUUUGAAGAUACCUUUUUUUUCUUCAUGUGCUAAGAAAAUUGAUUGCUUUCUGAAAGGGAAAUAUUUAAUCAGAUGCGUCUAUGUUCAGUAACACUUCUCAAAGUAUGGAUUUUCUUUUCUUUGGUGAUGUAGCAAAAGAUUAGCAGUGUCACAAAGCAUCGUUUAUUGGUGUAUACAGUUGGUUCUGUGGGUGUGUAUAUCCUGGGUUCAUUUGUGGACUGAACAUCAAUGUUUUCAUACUGAAAUGCCAAUACUGAAAAUAAUACACUGUGGUCUGCGCACUGAUUGAUCUAAUCUUCACUAACAUACAUUUAUUGUUCCUACUGGCGCAUUUUGGGAUUCCUCAUUGUGUGAUGUCCCUGGGCCUUUUUUUUUUUUUUCUUAACCAGAAGCCAGUUUGUCUUCUAUCUUUCUUCACACAGUGUAAUCCCUCUGACAUAGGGAAUUCUUGGGAAUUAAAAUACUACUCACUUCGAAUUAAAAGAAGAAUGGAGCCCUUCAUUUAGUGCAGAAUAAGCAAACCAGAAGACAGUAAUUUUCAGGCAAAACAGUUUUAGCAUAUUUACUAUAUGUACUCGGAUAAAGAUAAUUCACGAAGGUGUUAUUUAAAUGUGUUAUUUUUAGAUCAGUGUUCUAACAUUAUGCUCUGUUUUAUUCUACUCAGUAUUCUCUACUGUUAGGCACUAAUGUUUUUGCUUUUAUAAAGGGAAAUCAGGAAGUUGUUCAUUACUGAAUUAUUAAAAGUUAAAUAAACAGCAAACUGUAACACCUUAGAAAAUAUUUCAUCUUGGAAAACUAUUAAAGGAAAAAAAAGCAUGGUUAACCAUCUAAAAAACUGCUUUCAUUGUGAAGCAUUUCAGAGAUUCUGAUGGAAAUGAUGGUUCUUACUACUCUCGUGUUAAAUUUACAGUUCUGUUAGGCUACAUUUCAAUAACUGUUAAAUUAUGAGUAGCAAUACAGAUCAUGUAUCAUGAGCUCAAGCAGUGCUGUAUCCUCAAAUGGUACAGUAUAAUGUUUUGCAAAACACAGGUGGAAAAUACAGAUGCAUCAUAACUAAAACAAAUUAAGUGGGUUUGGUGUCACAUUCUAUAUACAAAGACAAAUGAAUUGAAGUGUCUCCACCACUCCAUCAGCUUUUCAGAUAAGGUAAAACAAGCGGCUUAAUCCUUUUUCUUCUCGCCUUAGUCCUUGGACAUGAAAACUCCAAAAUAUUUAUUGCCCUUAGUGCAAGCACGAUUGACCUAUAUAACAUAAAAGACUGUAAA